GCUGCGGCGCAGUAGUGUAGUAUCGUUCCUUGGUCGUGAAUCUGUCGUUCCUUUCAUUCUUACGAGUGGUUCCCGUAAAAAUGAAUGUGAUCGCAAAAUCGACGGCCCUCUCGCCGUUCCUGAGAGCCACGGCGACAGCCGUCUCGAACGGAGGAAAACCUGUAGCUGCGACCGGUAAAGUUAACAAGCCGAAGGUUUCCGUUCCUCCUCCCGUCAAACGUGUCACCGGACAUAGUAUCUAUCAGGAUCUUCUCACUGGACCUACAUGCAUAAGCUCGGGAGUCGCAGCCAGCACUCAGGUGCAUCAGCGGCGUUUGGCCCACACAGACAUUCAAUGGCCAGACUUCUCCCACUAUCGCAGAGAUUCAGUAAAUGACCCAAGUGCAAAAGCCAAGGAGACUGAGGCGGAUCGGAAGUCCGUUUCAUACAUUGUGACAGCUGGUGCUGGUGUGGCAGGCGUCUAUGCGGCGAAAACGCUAGUGACCGAUGCUCUUAGCAUGCUGAGUGCGUCGGCUGAUGUGUUGGCUAUGUCAAAGGUGGAGAUAAAGCUGGACAGUAUUCCCGAGGGAAAGAGCGCUGUCUUCAAAUGGCGCGGAAAGCCCCUGUUCGUGAGACAUAGAGUUGGAUCAGAAAUCGCGACUGAAGCCAAGGUGGACGUUGCAAGCCUCCGUGAUCCAGAAGAGGACAGCGUUCGUGUGAAGGACCCCAAGUGGUUGGUUGUCAUAGGUGUUUGCACACACUUGGGCUGCGUGCCCAUCGCUAACGCGGGAGACUUCGGUGGUUACUAUUGUCCAUGCCACGGCUCUCAUUACGACGCCAGCGGUAGGAUUAGGAAAGGACCGGCCCCGCUAAACCUCGAAGUUCCACCCUACGAAUUCAUAGACGAUUUACUCGUUGUUGGUUAAUGACUAUCCGUUAUCUGUAGUCAAAUAAUAAAAUUAUUUAUGAAAUUAAAAUGCUCUGUGCACGCGUGCAACAAGGCCUGUUGUCAACGCAGGAAAAAAUCGGAAAACGUUUUGUAUAUUUCUCGAGACGUCGAGACAUCAUUGAACAUUACAUCGCCGGUAUAGCGAGGCCGCUGUAUUGAAUUUAGAAUAAACGUUAAGUAAAAAAACCUUUA